AUGGUUUUGCAGGGAGCUUGUGAUGAUUUAAAAGGCAGUAGAUUGUUCCUGAAGCUACUUGAAGCCGUCCUGCAAGCUGGGAACCGAAUGAAUGUUGGCACAAACCGUGGUCAGGCAAAAGCUUUCAAGCUGGACACUCUACUCAAACUCGCAGACGUCAAAGGGACCGAUGGCAAAACCACCUUGCUACACUUUGUUGUCCAAGAAAUCGUCCGGUCUGAAGACGCAAAAUCCGAGAAAGCCGUAGAAGAUGAGGCCAGAAAUAUCGUGAAAGACGAAAUGUUCCGUAAGCAAGGGUUGAAAGUUGUAUCUGGGCUGAGCAAUGAGCUCGGGAAUAUCAAAAAAGCAGCUAGCAUGGAUUUCGAUGUGCUGCACAGCUAUGUAUCCAAUCUUCAGACCGGUCUUGGCAAGAUCAAGUCGAUCCUCCUGCUCGAGAAGCAGUGCACCCAAGGCCAGAAUUUUUUCGCGAGGAUGCGUGAUUUUCUCAAGGAAGCUGAGAUGGAGAUCAAACAAGUCCGGUGCGACGAGGAGAGGGCUCUGGGAAGAGUGAAAGAGAUCACUGAGUAUUUCCAUGGUGAUGCUGCAAAGGAGGAAGCGCACCCUCUGAGGAUAUUCAUGGUGGUGAGGGACUUCCUGUCCAUGCUGGACCAUGUCUGCAAGGAGGUCAGCCAGCAGGACAGGACGGUUGUUGGAUCUGCAAGGUCCUUCCGUAUGUCAGCGACCACGGCAAUGGCGAACCUGAAAAUGUACGGCCAGCAUGAAAGAGACGACGACGGUUGGUCGCUGUAG